AUGGAUAUCCUUGUGUGUGGUGAUCAGACCGUGGAUGUCUGUCCUUUCCUUGUGGACAUCCUGAUCAAGAAAAGGACACCCCUUUUCCAGGCGUUCAUUCGCAAAGUCAAAGUCAUUCUCGAGAAUGAGAUCACUUUGCUUUCAUCAUAUCAGCGGGCGCAGAUUCCCCCCUUCUCUAGUCUUCGAGAACUUGUCGAUGAAUAUCAUCGACGGGGAGUGCACAUUGCUUCCCUUGAGAGCGCCUUUGCUUGUAUAGCACAACUUGCCCAUUUCAUCGGAACUUCUGAAGAGAACCCGCAUACGUAUAUCAAACCUGGGUCCCGCAUCAUGGGCAUGUGUAUUGGUCUUCUGUCGGCAUCAGCCAUUGCCUGUUGCGAUUCCCUGGUGGCAUUAAUACCGCUUGCCGUUGAAACUAUACGAAUAGCAUUUCGUCUAGGAGCACGGGUGGCGUGCGUUGCAGAGUCACUAGAACCAGGCCAGAAGCCAUGGACGUCCCUCGUCACUGGGAUCGACUCUCAAGCAGUUGUGUCGGAUGUGGAUUCUUUCAACAAAACUCAGGCUCUAAAGGGUCCUAACAGACUAUAUGUAAGCAGUAUAGCGUCCAAUUCCACUGCGGUCAGCGGUCCUCCCUCGAUCCGCAAACUUCUUUUCGAAGACCCGAAACUAUUGAAAUCGACAUUUCACAGGGAUUUGCCAAUCUAUGGCCCAUAUCAUGCAUCUCACCUGUUCCUCGAAAAGCACGACAUAAUUAGUGAGCAGUCACUGGAAGUGUUGGAUUCAUACAGCCAGUUCUACCCAGUUUGUGGAUCUACCUUCUCAAUGAGCCAAGCUCUUUUUGAGGAUUCCAUCCACCAGAUACUGGAUGUCACUGUAGACUGGAACUCUCUAGUCAAAUAUUGUUCAGAUUCGAUUACUGAAACUGCAUCCCCGACAUGUCGUAUUCGGGCAUUUGGGCCUGCCCCUAUUGGGAAUUCGCUGUCAUCCUCGCUCAAGCACCUAGUUAAGAAUGGUCUCAAACUUUCUCUUGAUGAUCAUGCUUCUUGGCUGUCUAACAACUCCGUUCCCUCGUACCUAUCCGAGACAGCAACUGGGUGUAAUAUUGCAAUUAUUGGGAUGGCCGGUCGUUUCCCCGAUGCUGCUGACCACGAAGCGUUUUGGGACCUGCUUGCCAAAGGGCUAGAUGUCCAUCGUGUGAUUCCCCCAGAUCGAUUCGACGCAGAGGCCCAUACAGACCCCAGUGGAAAUGGUAGAAACAAGACUCACACGCCAUACGGCUGUUUUAUCGAGCAGCCGGGCCUUUUUGACCCACGAUUUUUCAACAUGUCUCCUCGUGAAGCAAAGCAGACGGAUCCAAUGCAGCGCUUAGCCAUCACCACAGCCUAUGAGGCUAUGGAAUCUUCAGGUUUUGUGAUGAACCGUACGUCAUCGACACAGGCUAAUAGGAUUGGAACAUUCUAUGGCCAGACUAGUGAUGAUUGGCGUGAGAUCAACGCUGCAGAGAAUAUAGAUACUUAUUUCAUUACUGGGGGUGUGAGAGCAUUUGGACCGGGUCGGUUGAAUUACCACUUUGGAUUUAGCGGUCCAAGUUUUAGUAUCGACACAGCUUGCUCUAGUAGCUUUGCUGCAAUCCAGCUAGCUUGUACCUCUCUUCGUGCAGGAGACUGUGACACCGUAUUUGCUGGUGGAAUGAACGUUCUCACCAAUCCUGAUAUCUUUGCAGGCUUAUCCAAAGGGCAGUUCCUGUCCAAGACAGGGUCUUGUAAAACGUUUGAUAACGAGGCUGAUGGAUACUGCCGUGGAGACGGCGUUGCUACCGUCAUUCUUAAAAGAGUGGAAGAUGCAAUUGCAGACAACGACCCUAUUUUGGCUGUAAUUCGCGGCACUGCCACGAACCACAGUGCUGAGGCUGUUUCGAUCACCCAUCCUCAUGCUGGUGCCCAACAAUAUCUGUUUCAGAAAAUAAUGGAUGACCUGGGUGAGGAUCCUCGGGAUGUCAACUACGUCGAGAUGCACGGUACAGGUACUCAAGCUGGAGAUGGUAUUGAGAUACAGUCUGUGACAAACGUGUUCGCUCCUCGGGGCCAACGCCGACGACCUAUAAAUAAGCCCCUGUACAUUGGCUCUGCCAAAGCUAACAUCGGGCAUGGAGAAGCUGUCUCCGGAGUUUCCGCAUUGAUUAAGGUCAUGCUCAUGUUGCAGAAGAACUUAAUCCCACCACAUUGCGGUAUUAAGGGGACAAUGAACGAGACUUUUCCCAGUGAUUUGAAAGAGCGAGGCGUAAAUAUCGCGUCCACCUUGACGUCUUUUAGCCGUGCGGAAAAUGGCCAAAAAAGAUUAGUCUUCAUCAACAACUUCAGCGCAGCGGGGGGGAACUCUGCCAUGCUAAUUGAAGAUGCUCCCCAUCGGAUCCCAUUUGGAGAAGACGUCAGACCCUCCCAGGUAGUGACGAUAUCCGCGAAGUCGCUGGCUUCCUUUGGAAAAAAUAUCGAAAGACUCUUGUCUUGGAUUGACCAUAAUAGGGAUUUCUCUCUAGCAGAUCUUGCGUAUACGACAACCGCUCGGCGGGAGCACUACAUAUAUCGUCAAGGUUUUCCUGUUGAAAGUUUAUCUCAACUUCGUCAGAAGCUGGAAUCAUAUAUUCAAUCAAGUAAUUCUCCAUCUCCAGUUUCAAAAGUCCCGCCACAAGUCGCUUUCGUAUUUACUGGCCAAGGGGCUCAAUAUUCUGGGAUGGGAAAAGAACUUUUUUCUGCAUCUGAUGACUUCCGGCGACGAAUAAAGUGCUUUGAUGGCAUGGCAACCGGUCAGGGAUUUCCUUCAUUUAUAAGUGCGAUCGACGGGAGCCUUGAUGAUCUCGCUCAAGUUUCUCCUAUUGUUUCCCAGCUUGCUACGACCUGUCUUCAGAUGGUGUUGGCCGAUAUGUGGAAGUCAUGGGGUAUGAAACCAACCGCAGUUCUGGGGCACUCAUUGGGAGAGUAUGCAGCGCUUUAUGCGGCAGGCGUUUUGUCGCCUAUGGAUGCAGUCUUCCUGGUGGCUAAAAGAGCCCAGCUCCUUGAGACUCUAUGCACGAUGCACAGCCAUUUAAUGCUUGCGGUGAAGGGAAAGAUAUCAAACGAUGAGAUGCAAGGCAUUGUCGCCAAUUCCUCUGUUGAAAUUGCCUGCUUCAAUUCAGUGACCGAGACUGUACUGGCCGGUCCAAGUCAAGCCAUAAACGAAGCACGUCAGAGUCUUUCGGCGAAGCGUCCCGACUUGAGGUUCAUUGAACUAAACGUGCCAUUCGCUUUUCAUUCCACUCAAGUUGACCCGAUAUUGGACGAUUUCGAAAAGGCGGCGGAAUCAAUUAUUUUCCACCCCCCUCAGGUUCCUGUUCUAGCCCCAAGUCUCAGCACCGUUGUUGAUACAGAAAAUAUUUUCAAUGCUAAUUAUCUUCGACGACAUGCUCGAGAGAGUGUCGACUUUGUGGGCAGUAUUAUGGCCGGCAUGGAAAGAAAAACAAUUGGUACAGAGACGGUGUGGAUAGAAAUAGGACCGCACCCAAUUUGCUCAGCCAUGAUCCAGACUACCAUUGGGCCUGACACGACAGCGGUUGCAAGUCUUAAAAAGAAGGAAGACUCUUGGAAGACCGUGGCUAGCUCACUUUCGACGCUUUACAAUAAAGGUAUUCCAAUUAAUUGGAAUGAGUAUCACCGGAUCUUUGAGAAAUCUGUCAAAGUUUUGAAUCUCCCUAGCUAUGCUUUUGACGAAAAGGUCUACUGGCUAGAGUAUACAAACAAUUGGACCUUAACAAAGGGCCAAAUCACUACGGGCGGCAGCAAUCAAUCUCCAAAAACACCAGAAUUCUCGACUACUUCAAUACAGCGUAUCGUUUCUGAAUCGGUUGACAACGGCUUGGCAACGGUGGUGGCAGAAACAGACUUGCAUGAACCACACCUCAAAGCUAUUAUAUGUGGGCAUAAAGUCGGCGGAGCUCCCCUAUUCCCAUCAUCUAUUAAUGCGGAUAUGGCCUAUACGAUUUCGAAGUAUGCUUUCAAUCUUGUGCACUCUGAUGGCAAGGAACCAGACAUGAACAUAUGCAAUAUGGAAUCAUCUUCUCCUUUAAUUCUAGAUCUCAACAAGACCUCUCAAGUUAUACAGAUAAGGUCGGAAUACGCCUCGGGGGAAAACCUGGCAAAUGUAUAUUUUGAGUCGGUAUCCGAGGAUGGAAAGCGAAUUACUAAGUAUGCGCACUGUGUGGUCCGGUUUGAGGAUGCGAAAGCAUGGGAAGCAGAAUUUAACCGCAGCGCUUACCUCGUCAACGCGCGAAUAAAAUCAAUGCAAACCUCCAAUGAGCAUGUGCAUACUAUCUACCGAGGAAUGGCAUACAAACUGUUUUCGGCUUUAGUCGACUAUUCCCCAACUUUCCGUGGCAUGGAAGAAGUGCGACUCGACAGCUCCAACCUUGAAGCAGCAGCCCGUAUCAGGUUCCAAACAAAGCCCGAGGACGGAGAGUUUAUGUUUAGCCCAUACUGUAUUGACAAUACUUGCCAUGUCUCUGGUUUCAUCAUGAAUGCCACCGAUGCAGUGGAUUCAGAGAACCAGAUCUACAUUUCUCAUGGAUGGGAGACUAUGCGUUUUGUCCGAAAGCCAUCCAUAGACAAGGAGUACAUGUCCUAUGUUAAAAUGUCUCCUGUCAGUGAGGGUAGUACAAUGGUUUCUGGAGAUGUUUACGUCUUGGAGGGAGAGAAAAUUGUUGGCGUCUUUGGCGGCGUCAGAUUUCAAGGAGUGCCUCGCAAACUUAUGCCGACUUUACUAGGUCUAAAGAACAAAACUUCCUCACCAAACAAUAGACCUACUCGAGAGGUCAAACCAUCCCAGACUACAACGAAGAAGCCGACUCAACAGAGCAAACCCGAUCUCAAAUCUUCAUCCGCAGCUUCUCGCCCUUCGCUACUAAUAUCAGGAGCGCUUGAUAUACUUGCCUCAGAAAUUGGAUGCUCCUUGUCGGAGUUGGACGACAACAUCGCCUUUGAAGAUCUUGGCGUUGAUUCAUUGAUGUCCUUGUCCAUAAGCUCGCGAUUUCGUGAAGAACUUGAAAUCCCUGUCGGAGGAACUCUUUUCAUUGAUUUCGGGUCUGUGGGUCAACUCAAGACAUAUCUUUCCCAGUUUGAGAGUGGUCCAGGCGGUGAUGUAGGUAAUAUCGACCCAACUCGUUCUGAAUCCAUCACCAAGGUGAACACACCGGCGGAGUCAGAAAUUGGAGAUUCGCCCAAUGACGACGAAGAUGACCAGAUAUUCACCAUCAGGUCUACAAUUGCGGAGGAAAUGGGCGUUGACGUAGAAGAAAUCCAAGACAACAUUGACUUAUCGCAAAUGGGAAUGGAUUCGCUGAUGAGUCUCGCGAUCUUGGGGAGUCUACGGGAGAGAACAGGACUAAGCUUUCCUUCCGAUUUCUUGAUUGAAAAUACCACAAUUGAACAGAUGAUCAUUAGCCUUGAUCUGAAGAAGAAGCCGAAGCAAGUUCCUACGAACACAAUCAACAUCGCCGAUAUAGCCCCCAAAGUACAGGAUAUCAGACUGCCGAAGCAAAGCGAAAUUCCAUCAAUCAAUGUUGAUUUAUCAUCAUAUCCUCCUUCCCAAAUCAUUCUUCUUUCAGGGAAUCCAAGGACGGCCACAAGGAAGCUGUUUUUGCUUCCUGAUGGAUCCGGCGCGGCCUUUUCCUACGCUCCCAUUCCCGAGUUAGACAACCAUACUGUGGUGUAUGGUCUGAACUGCCCUUUCAUGAGAACCCCAGAGCUCUUCACUAUUGGGGUACCAGCUGUUACUAAAAUUUAUAUGCAAGCUAUAAAAUCUCGGCAGCCAGAAGGUCCGUAUCUGCUGGGUGGUUGGUCUGCAGGCGGUGUGUUAGCUUAUGAAAUGACACGUCAACUGAUCGCGCAGGGCGAGAGAGUGGAAAAACUUAUCCUGGUGGACAGUCCCUUUCCAAUUGGUCUAGAAGCCUUACCUCCAGUUUUCCAUAACUUCUGCAAUGAGAUUGGCCUUCUUGGCGACGGAAAGACCAAACCGCCAGAGUGGCUUCUCCCACAUUUUAGAGCUACGGUGCGGGAACUAACAGCUUACUCGGAAAUUCUGGAAACCACUUCUCUUAAUACAGAAGGUAUGCCACCGACAACACUUAUCUGGGCGCGGGAUGGGGUGGUAAAAGGCAUUGACGACCCGAAGCCGGUGUGGGAGGAGGGUGUCCGCAUGCCAAAUAGUAUGGAGUGGUUGGUGAACAACCGCAAGAAUCUGGGUAGCAAUGGCUGGGAUAAAUUAGUUGGUAAGACUAACACACGAUGUGUUAGUAUGGAAGGCAAUCAUUUCACGAUGAUGAGAGACCCAUUAGCUGCUGAAGUUGGCAAAUUGAUAAAAGAGGCUAUGGACAUUUAA